CCAUUGGCCACUCUGUUUCGGUUGUGAGUUGUGACUCAUGGCAACUCUAGGUCGCUUCUCCAGAAGAGCUCUAGCAGCCGUGCUUGCAUCAAAACGCCACCUGCAACCGCAGCUAUUAGGUCGUGCUCUCUCGACCGAGGGGACAAAGGCCAUCACACCUUCGCCAGAUCGGGUGAAAUGGGACUACAGAGGUCAGCGCAAGAUCAUCCCACUGGGGCAGUGGAGCCCUAAAGUCGCCGUCGACGCUUACGUGGCGCCCAACGUGGUUCUUGCUGGCCAAGUCACCGUUUGCGAUGGAGCCUCCGUCUGGCCAGGCUCCGUCCUCCGUGGCGAUCUCAAUAAGAUCACUGUCGGCUUCUGCUCCAAUGUCCAGGAACGCUGUGUUAUUCACGCCGCUUGGUCUUCUCCCACAGGCCUGCCGGCUGCGUCUUUGAUAGAGAGGUUUGUGACAAUUGGUGCAUAUAGCCUCUUGAGGUCCUCCACAAUUGAGCCAGAGUGCAUUAUUGGCCAGCAUUCCAUCCUGAUGGAAGGCUCAUUAGUGGAGACACACUCAAUCCUUGAAGCUGGGUCGGUAGUUCCCCCGGGGAGGCGAAUUCCGUCGGGUGAACUUUGGGCAGGAAAUCCAGCUAGGUUUGUAAGGACUUUGACCCAUGAAGAAACCUUAGAAAUCCCCAAACUUGCGGUUGCUAUAAAUGAUCUUAGCAAAGAGUAUUUCUCAGAGUUCCUUCCUUAUUCCACAGUAUACUUGGAGGUUGAGAAGUUUAAGAAGUCCUUGGGCAUUUCAAUAUGAGAUGGCCCCUUCGUCAUUCUUCUCUUUUAGUUGGAAUUUUGCUUGUAAGGAAAUAAGAAUUCAAACAAAGAGCAAGCUUUUCUGUUUCUUUUGUUUGCCCUUCUGAAAGUGUUGUGUUAUAUGAUCAACUGGAGUAAUUUUCAAGGGAUACCUUUGAAUACUAUGCUAUUACCAUUUAAGUGUUUUUAA